AUGCCUGAACAUUUGGAACUUCAACACUUGGUCGACUUGUCUGCAGGCAGUGGUGAUGAAACUCUACCAAAUUUAUUAGAAAACAAACGCCCGCUUAUUAAGAGAUGUCCUUACCUGGGUUUAAUACUCGCGACGUUGUCAUCGUUAUUUUUUUCCCUGUGCUCCGUUAUUGUUAAAAGCCUGGUAAAUAUAGAUCCAACACAACUUGCAAUGUUUCGUUUCAUAGGUGUGCUAUUACCAACAAUACCAAUAGUUAUUUACACGGAACAACCUGUAUUCCCUAAAGGGAAACGAAUGUUACUUGCUUUACGUUCAGUAGUAGGUACAGUUGGUCUAAUGUUAAGUUUUUAUGCAUUCCGACAUAUGCCAUUAGCUGAUGCAUCAGUUAUAGUAUUCUCUGUGCCCGUUUUUGUGGCAUUAUUUGCUCGUGUGUUUUUGAAAGAACCAUGCGGUAUUUGGAACACUAUAUCAAUAAUAUUGACCUUGGUUGGUGUUAUACUAAUCACCCAUCCACCAAUAUUUUUUGGAAGUGAUAAGGCGGAAAAGAAUACUAAUUACAGCAGUCUUGUAGGAGCUGUGGCUGCAUUUGUUUCAACAAUAUUUGGAGCUAAUGCAUAUGUUCUUUUAAGAGUUCUGAAAGGAUUACAUUUCUCUGUUAUCAUGACAAAUUUUGGCGCUAUUGCUAUCUUGCAAACUCUUUUUUACUCUGUCAUGUUUGGUAUAUUAUGUAUGCCCAAUUGUGGAACAGAGAGAUUUCUUGUUGUAUGCCUUGCUUUAUUUAGUUAUUUAGGACAAAUUCUUCUAACAAUGUCUUUACAAAUGGAACAGGCUGGUCCUGUUGCUAUAGCUCGUUCUGCUGACAUUGUAUUUGCAUUCUUGUGGCAAAUAAUGUUUUUCAACGAGAUGCCGAGUAAAUAUUCUGUUUUUGGAGCUAUUCUUGUGUUAAGUUCCGUCAUGCUUGUAGGCCUUCGUAAAUGGGCCCUAGGCUUACCCACAGAUUCACAGUUGAGGAAAAAGCUUGGUGUGUUGGCACAGUAA